UCCUCCACGUGGUCUCGGCCUAAACUCCCGCCAGGAACAGUCGUUUGUCAACAGUGUGGCGCUACCGCAGCUGCUGCUCAGUCUUCGGUGUUUCAUUGUUUACGUUGGAGUCAUCUUUACCCUCACUUCCCAGGAUGGCAGCGAACAAGGGCGACUCGGAUAUUGAUGAUAUUCUUACCAGCGAAGAAGAGCUCGAGAAGGCUUUGUGUGUGCUGGCUGGGAGCGACCCAGACAACUGCUCUUACUCCAAGGGUUAUGUGAAGAGACAGGCGGUGUUUGCCUGCAACACUUGCACUCCAAAUGAUGCAGAGCCUGCUGGGGUUUGUCUGGCCUGCGCCAAUAAAUGCCAUGAUGGACACGACAUCUUUGAACUGUAUACCAAAAGAAAUUUUCGCUGUGAUUGUGGAAACAGAAAGUUUGGGGGCUUCCAUUGCCAGCUAAAUCCCGUUAAAGAAGAGGAAAAUAUUAGAAAUCGCUACAAUCACAACUUCAGUGGGUUCUACUGCACGUGUCACCGGCCGUACCCAGACACCGAUGACCAGGAUGAAGACGAGAUGAUUCAGUGCAUCAUCUGUGAGGAUUGGUUACACAGCAGGCACUUAGGCUGCCCUGUGGUUGAACCCGAGGAGCUUCAAGAGAUGGUAUGUGAGGCCUGCAUGAACAAGGCUCCUUUCUUGUGGACGUAUGCUGCCCACAUCGCAGUUCCACCUGUGAUCCAAGUGGGUGAUGCCGAAGAGGAAGUAGAGGUCGACAUUGAGGGGGAAGACCGUGAGGCUGGUCAAAGAAAGGAUGAGGAACCGUCCUCUAGUGAUGAGCGCACAGAACCAGAGGAAGCUGUAAACAGGAGUUCCCCUGGCAAACGAACUCACGAGGAAAUGACAGGCAGCCCUGCGAUGGCUACAACGAAAAUUGUGGAGUGCAAGCUGAAGGAGCUGCAGGCCCGUGGGCUAGAGAGGCUGAGACGGGGAGCGGUGUUCUGGCCUUACAGCUGGCGCGCUGAGCUUUGCACCUGCACGAGCUGCAAGAGGGCCUAUGUUGCUGCUGAGGUGCAGUUUCUCUUGGAUCAGUCUGACACUAUUCUGGCCUAUGAGAAGAGAGGCUUGCACGAGCCCUUCGGGCAGCACCCACUGAUGGCGCUAAUGAACUCGAUGGACCGUGUACAGCAGCUGGAGGUCAUUUACGGUUUCAACGAGCUGACGACCUCAAUCAGUGAAUUUUUAGAGCAGUGUGCCUCUGAAGGAAAGACAGUCACAGUCGAAGCUGUACAUCAACUCUUUGAGGAGCUGCAGGCCAGAAAAAGACGCAGAACCAGCGACGGAAAUCAGUAACAAGGCGUCCACUCUGCUGCCACCGUACGCCAUGUUCACGGGCUGUCUGGACUGAAUGUGUCACCCUCCUCUUGAAUAAACCGUUUUGCUGCGAUCAAUGUGAUGUUUGAAGUUGGGGGUAAAAAAAAAAAAAGUUUUAGUUUCAAGUUUUUACUUUAUUAUUUGAAGGUUUGAGGUUCGUGUCAUAACUGGGUUAUGAUGAUGCCUCAACUUUAAAGAUUGUGAUUAAAGUUUACCUCACAUAAAUAUUGCACACUAUUACAUUUGUGAACAUACAGAGCUUAUGUUGAAUGAACAUGAUUAUUGUGUGAAAGUUUGGCUGAAUUUGAUGCCAUAAUCCUUGCACUGCUAAGACAAACCGGUCUGUAAAUGUCAUGUGAAAGACUCACUGUGAUGAAAAUACUGACUAACGCUCAAAAUAAAAGUACUAGAAAUCUGCUGUAAGGUAAACUAAAACUUGAACAAGAGCAUGCAUUGGAGCUUUUUAUUUUAGAUUAUAAAACCAGAUCUACUUUCUGACGGUUAUUUCCUGCAAAUUAUGGAAAGAGUUUCAGGGAUAAACCCACCCCCCCCCCCUUUCAAGAAAC